AUGCCUCGUGGGUUCCAAAUUAGAGCGACUUCAGUUACCAUAUUUGUCCAUUUGUUAUUCAUAGCAAUAACAACACUUGUGUUAGUUUGGUUGUUUCAUUUCCGUGAUGGCGUUGCUUUCAAUUCUUCCAACAAACUCAAGAUAUUUAACCUCCAUCCACUUCUAAUGGUAAUAGGGUUUAUCUUAGUAGGUGGUGAAGCUAUCAUAACAUACAAAGCCGUCCCUGGGAAAAGAAGCUCAGGAAAAGUGGUUCAUCUGUUGCUCCAUCUGAUAGCUCUGGCAUCAGGAGUUUUAGGGAUUAUUGCAGUUUUCAAAUCUAAAAAAGAGGCAGGUCUUCCUGAUAUGUAUAGUUUGCACUCUUGGCUAGGUAUCUCAGCAAUUUCUGCAUUUGGUUUGCAGUAUAUAGUGGGAUUCUUUGCUUACUUCUUCCCGGGAGCAGAUGCUUCUACAAGAGCUACACUUUUGCCAUGGCAUAAGUUUCUAGGAAUUGUGAUAUUUCUCCUUGCAGUUGGCACUGCUGAGACGGGUUUGGUUGAAUAUUUUAGGUUUUUAGAAUUGUUCAAAAACCAAGAGGCACUAAUAGUGAAUUUUACUGGUCUUUUGCUCUUUCUGUUUGCUGUCUUUGUUAGUCUAUCUGUGACUCUACCAAGAAAUUACUGA